AUUUUUGUUUUUUUUUUAAUAUGUCAAAAAUAAUUUAUUCGGACAAUACUAGAACCAAGGGUAAGUAUGUUUACCCAAAUGGGAACGUGUAUAUAGGAGAAUUCAAAAAUUCGAAUUUUCAUGGACAAGGUACACUAUACAUUAAGGGCAAAGGUGAGUAUAAGGGGACUUGGGAAAACGGGAAAAAUGUUGAAGGGGAAUAUUAUUUUAGUGAUGGGUUGCGUUAUGAUGAUCAUUGGGAUUAUUUAGUUAACAAUCGUUGUUUAUAUAAAGAAGAGGUUAAAAAUGUACAGGUUAUUUAUGGUGAAGAAGAAGAAGAAAAAACAAAAGAUUCAUAUAUGCAUAAUAUUUAUGAUAUAGGCGAUGGAUACUGCAAUACUGAUGACCAAGUCGUUUACAGCUUUACUAGUCAUAAAGAAAUCAAAAAAGUAAAUGAGAGAGAAAGAAAUUGGAUAAAAAACCACUGUGCAAAAUGUUAA